AUGGACCACCGCAAAUCCCUAAAAUCAAAAUCGAGUAAAGUCAAACGAGUCGACUCCAAAGAAAUAUCUUCCAACGUAGAACUGAGAACGAGGUACGACCGUCUUCUGAAAGAAAAUUCUCAGUUGGAUAGAGAAAUAGAGGAACUGCAGAAGAGAGGAGUCAGUACCAAUCUUCAGCCUCAGAUGAAAGCUCUUCACGAGUACAAUGAAAUGAAGGAUCUGACUCAGUUGGUGCUUGGGUAUUUGGCUGACGCAGAGCAUGUUACCAUCAGAGAGUUGCACAAGAGGUUUGGAUUGCCAAUGGAAUAA